AACCUUCAAUGGUCUUUAAAAGCUAGUGAUGGUGAGAUGAAGCUUUCAUGAAGCUCUCCAGCAAAACUGGUUCACUAAACUGGUUCAUUUCCCCCCGAGGCUUCAUCUGACUGCUGUCAAACUUGUUACCACGUUGUGAUAGUGGACAGUUCCCCUUUUAUUUUGAAAAUCUACAUCAGAAUGUCCUGAUGCUGUCUGAGUGAUACUCUGAGGUUGUCUACUGUCAACCUGAAGUGAAAUUAGUGGGUGAUAGUGGUCAGUUUCCUUUUAAUUCUAAUCUGAAUUUAGAGUGAAGAUAGCCCAUAUAUGAGAUUUAAAAAACAAAACAAAUUUGUAUAAAAGGCUUUAAUUUUGAAAUUCUACAUCAGAAUGUCCUGAUGCUGUCUGAGUGAUACUCUGAGGUUGUCUACUGUCAACCUGAAGUGAAAUUAGUGGGUGAUAGUGGACAGUUUCCUUUUAAUUAUAAUCUGAAUUUAGAGUGAAGAUAGCCCAUAUAUGAGAUUUAAAAAACAAAACAAAUUCUACAUCAGGAUGUCCUGAUGCUGUCUGAGUGAUACUCUAAAGUAGUCUACUAUUAUUCUGAAGUAAAAUUAAUCUGUGAUAGUGAACAGUUUCUUUUAAUCAAUUCUAUCUAUCUCAAGUGAAAUUAGGCACUUGGUAGAAACAAUGGAGGUGCUGAGUGUGAGGUGGUAUAUCCUGUAAUUUAGAAGUCAGAUCAGUCUUUUCGAAAUAUAUUCUUUAAUAUUAAGUUUGACUAAGUAUUUACACAAUUGGAAUAACAUUAUUUUCUGAACUACAUUUUGGAGGCGGUUGUUUCUCUUUUUAAAUUAUCAUUCAUUUCAUAUGUAUUCAUUUGUUGUUUCAUUCAUCUAUUUUUUUUGUAACUUAUUUAUUCAUUUGUUUAAUUAUUCAUUCAUUUAUUUAUUAUUGACAGACUGACUGUGACCUUUUUGAAUGAAUCUGAAUGGCCCAUCACGUUCAUCAUAACGGUGCUUUUAUUUUGAAGUUCUACACGCUCUUACCGUAAUGCCUAGGAUAGACACGCACCGCAAAACAACGUGGUAACUGGCUUGACUGUGUUUUUCGAAGUGGAGGCUGGUCUAAGACGUCAUCGGUCUAAGACGAUACCUGCCCCAUACCUCACAGAGAAACUUCCUGAAUUACUCAACACACGCAACUGAAGCCUCGACGCACAGCACGUAAACAUUACUAGACCACACUGUAGUUGUAGAUUAGAUAGUUAUUUUAGUUGCAAAUUAAACAACAAUGUCUGCAGUUCAGAGUCUGAGAGAGUUUGUCAACGAGCGACUAACUGCUGCUGCUGAAGAGAUAUUCAGAGUUUAUGAAACAACUAUCGUCGAGUACGAGGAAGAGAUUGAUCGUCAGCGCAGACUGCUGGAUGUCGUUUGGAAACCUGAAAUACAGUUAAACAGGCUAGAGCUCCCACAGCAACAUGUGUGUAAGGAGGAGGAGGAGGAGGUUCUCGCUGACCAGCAGCUCUGUAUUCAGGAGAGGAUCUCCAGUCUGGACCAAGAGGACCCAGAGCCUCCACAGAUUAAAGAGGAACAGGAGGAACUCUGCACCAGUGAGGAGGGAGAGCAGCUUGUACUGAAGCAGGAGACUGAUGAGUUUAUGUUGACUCCUACUAAUGAGGAAAGUGACCACAGUGAAGAUCAGACUCUGGACUUGAGAAUCACAAAAAUUCAGAGUGCAUUUGAGGAAAAGCCUUUCAGCUACAUUUCCGACCACAGUGAAGAUCAGACUCUGGACUUGAGUAUCGAUGAAACUCAGAGUGCGAUGGAGGAAAAUUCUUUAAGCUACAUUUCAGUUAAAAGCUCUGUAGUAUCAGAACCAAACAGUGACCAGCAGCUCCUCUCUCACAACUCUCAUGAAGCUGAGAGCCAAGAUCUGAAAGGAGGCAAGCCUGGAGACUCAGGAUCAACUAGAUAUGCAGAGUCAAAACAACAAAACCAACAUCACAACAGCAACAGUCACACUAACGAUGCAUAUAGUCCUACUACGUCAAAGAUUCCCUCUAAUACUCACACAGGUGAGAAUUAUUUCAAAUGUGACACGUGUGAGAAAGUUUUUAAGUAUAAAUCACAUUUGCAGGCACAUUUGAUAAUACACACAGGUGAGAAGCCAUUUCCUUGCGAAACAUGUGGGGGAACCUUCAGUAGUAGCGGUAACUUGAAAGUCCACAUGAGAACUCACACGGGUGAGAAGCCAUAUACUUGCAAAACAUGUGGGAAAGACUUCAAAAGUAGUAGUAACUUGAAAGUCCACAUGAGAACCCACACAGGUGAGAAGCCGUACCUUUGCAAACUCUGCGAUAAAAGAUUCUGUGAAGCUACAAAAUUGACAAGGCACAUGAGAAUCCAUACAGGUGAGAAGCCGUACACUUGCAAAACAUGUGGGAAAGAUUUCAAAAGUAGUAGUAUCUUGAACGUCCAUAUGAGAAUCCACACAGGUGAGAAGCCGUAUACUUGCAAAACAUGUGGGAAAGAUUUCAGAGGUAGCUAUGGAUUCACAGUCCACGUGAGAACCCACACAGGUGAGAAGCCUUAUACUUGCAAUACAUGCGGGAAAGGAUUCUGUGCAGCUACAAAUUUGACAAGGCACAUGAGAAUCCACACAGGGGAGAAGCCGUAUAUUUGCAAAAAAUGUGGGAAGGACUUCAGAUUGAGCGGUAGCUUGAAUAAACACAUGAGAACUCACGCAGCUGAAACAGUGCAUUACUACAGCACAGAGGUUCCAGUUAUAGUCACACCCACACAGGUGAGAAGCCGUAAAAUUGGAAAACAUGCGGAAGAGAUUUCAGAGUGAAUAGUGGCUGGUUGGUUUACAUGAGAAGAGACCACACUGGUGAGAAACCAUAUUCUUGCAGAAUAUGUUGUACAAGGUUUGUACACCUUGUGUACGUACUGUAUGUGCGUAUGUUAAUCUUGUUUUUUUAUCUAUAGAAGCAGUAAAAACUUCAGGUAAUACUUUCUAUGACGGCCAUGUUUGUAAUGUAUUAUAAACAUAUUUAGAAUGUGUUAUGAUCUUCUCUUUACACAGCUUUGUUGAAUACAUGCUUCUUUUUUUUUUUAAGUUAUUUUUUUGGGGGCAUUUUUCCAUUUUUAUUGA